CUGACGAUGGCAACGGGAUCAUCGAGCUGGUGGCCACAGUCGCGUCCGUCGUGCUGCUCGUCAUCACGCUGCCCUUUUCGCUACUCUUUACAUUCAAGGUGGUGCAGGAGUUCGAGCGCGCCGUCAUCUUCAGGCUGGGCCGCCUGCGCGCUGGGGGCGCCAGGGGCCCGGGGGUCUUCUUCGUGCUGCCUUGCAUCGACACCUACUGCAAGGUGGACCUGCGGACGGUCAGCUUCGACGUGCCUCCACAGGAGGUGUUGUCGCGAGACUCUGUCACGGUGCACGUGGACGCCGUGGUGUUCUACCGAGUGGACUGCCCCAUCCUAGCCACCAACAACGUGCAUGAUUACAGGUGACCCUCCGGGCCCCGCUCUCUCUCUGUGAGCAGCCGCCCGUGCGCACGCGUCCUGGAGGCUCGCCUCGCUGCGCGCUUUCCCUCCGACGCGGCACGCGGGCGGUCUCUCGGGGCUUCCUGACCGUAGACAAGCACAGCAUUGCCUGACAAGUAGAAGGCAGCCGUAGACGGCUCCGGGCGGGAGACAACUCUUAGCGCUGCAGUCCCACGAGACAGUGACUGCACCCCCCUUCCCAACUCCAGAGUCCUGAGUCGUGUAGUCAG